AUGGACGUCGACUGGAUCACUGUCGCCUUGCUGGUCGUAAUCGUAUGGAUCAUCGUGUUCCUCCAGCCAAAGGAACCAGAUGUGCACCCUCUCAUCCUCCACUCUCAAUCGGUCAUCUCGCGGAUCAGAUAUCCUGACGAGUCAGCUACAUACAGAUCGAACCAGACGCCCCAUGGACAACCUUUGCUAUCCGGCCUCUCAAUCAGUAGGGCUUAUGAGCAGCCAAAGGACGGGGACAUGAGGGAUAUAUUGAAGCUCUUUGCACAGAAUGAGAAGAAGGCUACCAUCGGGUGUGUUCGAGGAAACGACGUGGAAUACUAUGGAAACGCUAGGUUCAUUGCCGAGGUCAACAAGUUUGCAUCCACGAUAGUGGAGCUCGUCCCGGGAGCUUCCAAGAUCGCCAUAGCUCUACCCAAUAACUACGAGAAUCUCGUAGCUAGCUUUGGAUCGGCGGUUGCGGGUCUGACAGUCGUUCUUCCUCCAGCGAACACGUCUGAUUAUACGGAGACAGUGGCACAAACUGUUAAGCAGACAAGUGCUGACAUCCUCAUCACCUCGGCAGGUGUCAUUCCGAGCUCCGCUUUAGAAGCCUGCGCCAGUAUGAAGGCAGUCAUUGUUGUCGAAGCAACACAUGACGUCAGUUUCACUUCUAUGACAAGUACAAGGCCGAUCAAGUCUUGGUCCGACUUUCUCUCCGCUCCAUCAUCUACCGAUGUCUCUGCCAGCCAAUUCAAUGCAAAGAGCCCUGCAAUGAUUUGUCUCAGUCCGCAACCGAGCGGAGAGCUCUUGGAGACUGAGAUCUCUCAUAGCGAGUUGAUCGCAGCAGUUGGAGCACAGAUGGCGAUUUUGCCGCGAGGCAAGAAGAUCAGCCCAGAAGAUCGCACGGGAAUCUUGCUUCCUCUGUCCAAUGCAUAUGCGAGAGUGAUGACAUACGCCGCUAUGGCGUCGGGAUCAUCAAUCAUUCUUACGACAUCAACAACUUCCGAAGUUCCAUUAGGAGCACUGUCUCCCGGGAAACCGACAAUCAUUGUUGCCUCGUCAACGAGCGUGCAGAGCAUGGCAGACGAUUUGCGUUAUUUGACAGGUAAGACUGCGCGUAACUCGAUCCAGUUUCGAGGCGCUUUGAACAUACUCCGUAAGGGCCGUAUGCCAUUCGCGAACGAGUUCUUUAUGCAUAAGGUGAAAGUGAGUGAAGGACUGCGGUUGGUGUAUUGUCCUUUUGCUCCUGGGUCCAACACUUUACUCGCUGCGGAUCUUAGUGCGAUCAGGGGCAUGUUCGGUUGUUCCGUGAUUGUAGCAUUGACGCUCCCACGCAUUGCUACGCCUAUCACACAGACACAUAUUCAAGACUACCGUGACGAUGACGGCGGUGCUUUGGAAACAGCCGCUGGUGCGCCUUUGCCCUGCCUCGAAUGCAAGGUUGUUGAUGUGGGGGAACAUGGUUUGACUUCAGAAGACGCAAAGGGACCCAGUGGAGAGUUGUACGUUCGAGGACCGGGUGUGCAAAGUGGGGGCAAGGAAGACGGAUGGUGUAGGACUGGUGUGAUGGCCAGGUGGAAUACAGACGGGACUUUGCGUGUCUUACAUGUGGUCUGA